CCCGCCCCUUCAGGCCCGGCCCCCGCCGGUCCCGCCGCCGGUGCCGUCGGUGCCGCCGCCGAUAUGGCGCGCACGGCCCCUGUGGAGUCCCCGCUGCGGCCUCCUGCGCCCCCCUCGCCGGCCGCGGGUGAGCCCCGCACCUCUGUCGAGGCAGCGGUGGCCCCGCGGAGGGUGCUGUUUGCCGACGAGGCCCUGGGGCUGCCGCUGGCGCAGCUGCGCUGCUACCGGCCGUGGGGCGGGCCCGGGGCGGGCAAGAUGGCGGAGGUGGCCGGGCAAGAUGGCGACGGCGGCGGGGCUGACGAGGACGACGAUGGCGAGGAUGGGGAUGAAGGGGAGGAGGAAGAGGAGGCUUGCCCCGAGCCCUCACCACUGUGCCCCGUCCCCGCUGGCGGGGGGUUUUACGUGGUGCCCACAUUUUCGCUGCCGCCUGCACCGGGCCGUCUGGAGCGCUUGGGGCGCGUCAUGGUGGAGCUGGAGGCGCUGCUGCCGCCUCCCGGAGCGGUCCCCGGGGGUUCCGGGGUGUGGGUGCCUGGGGGGCGCCCGCCGGUGCUGCGCGGGUUGGUGCGCGUGCUGAACCGCUCCUUCGAGAAGGCGGUGCACGUGCGGGCCUCACACGACGGCUGGGCUUCCUUCUGCGACCACCCAGCGCGCUACGUCCCGCGCAGCCCGCCGGUGGCAGGAACGGGAGGACCAGGAACCGGAGAUCCCAUCCUGGAUCCAGGCCUUGGCCUGGUGUCCGGUCAGGUGUACGCCUCCUCGCCCGACGACGGUGGCCGCACUGACCGCUUUGCCUUCCAGCUGCCCUUUGCGGAGGGCGCGGGCGAUGGGGCGCGCCUGGACUUCGUGGUGCGCUAUGAGACCCCCGAGGGCAUUUUCUGGGCCAACAACCACGGCCGCAACUACACAGUUCUGCUCCGGAUCUCACCCGCUCCCUCACCCACUGACGCUGAAGGGCCGCCCCAGCAGCAGCAGCUGCCGCAGCUGGAGCCACAGCCCGAGUCCCAGGGUACCAUGGAGGCUGAGGCCAGGCAGCUGAAGAGCUGCAUGAAGCCGGUGAGGCGCAGGCCUAACGAGGAAGAGCUGAGGAUGAAGAGCUCGGAUGAUAAUACCCCUGCUGUGGCAGAUCAUCUUGAUGUCCAGGAGUCAGUGGGUCCCCUGGUGGCUCCCACUCCUCUCCGUCCAUGGCCACAGAUGACACAUCAGGUUUCUGAAGUUACAGUGACUGGCAGACUCACAGAGGAAGGUGACAUCCCCAGAAACAGUGCAUCUGUGGCUUUCACAGAGGUCCACCAGACACCAGCCAUCAGGAUCCCCCCCUCCUCCUUUCUCUGUGGGCUGGGUGGCUCCCCCAGGGACCAGGCCUCGGGGCCUGAUGCAAGUGAGGGGGCAGCUGGGCCUCUCCUGGAACCUAGUCAGCCACAGGUGGAGGCUGCGUGGGAAGUAUCCAGCGAGAAUGGAGGGGGCCGAAAGGAGCCCAUGGUAGGGGCUAUUAUGGACGAGCCCCCCAGGGGUUUGGAGGCCAUGAGUGGGUUGGAGGAGCUGCUCAGCGAGGACUCCAUUGACCAGGAGCUGGAGCAGCUCUACCUGUCCCACCUGAGCCGCCUGCGGGCUGCUGUGGCUGCAGGUGGGGCAGGAAGUGGCGGGGAGGGCUCCACAGAUGGAGGGGUGUCUCCUAGCCAUCCCCUGGGCAUAUUCACGGACCGCGACCUGAUCUUGAAGUGGCCUGGCCCUGAGCGGGCCCUGAACAGCGCCCUGGCAGAAGAGAUCACACGGCACUAUGCCCGGCUGGGGCGCGGUGUGGAGCUUAUCAAGGACACUGAGGACCCUGAUGAGGAGGGGGAGGGUGAAGAGGGGCUCUCCACGACACCCUCCAGUCCAGAAGGAGGCACCCCCAAGGAAUCGCCUCCGGAAAUCCUCUCUGGGGCCCGUUCUGUGGUAGCCACUAUGGGAGAUGUGUGGCUCCCAUGGGCAGGGGGCUUGGCAUGUGACAGCCCCGUGGUUUUGGGUCCAGAGGGGCAGUUCAAUGGGGCGCCAGAGAAGGGGAUGCGCAAGGACACUGACUCUUUGCACACGAAUAGGGUAAUAUCUGGGGUACCUGGGUUCCCAGCAGGGACAGAAGCCCGGAUGGAGUCCACUGAAUGGGAAGACAGCUUGGUUCCUGUAUCUGGCAAGGAACCAGCUGUUUCAGGCCCGCAGGGGCAAAAUCUCACCCUCCUUGGCGUCUCAGGGGCUGAAAUCAGUCCUUCCAGCCUGGCCAGGUGCCAUGUGAGUUUCCAGGAUGAAGAGGGUUCAGGCCUAAGCCUUGAGUCCCCAAAGAGGUCUCCCACCUUAGCAGCCCCUGCAGAAUGUGUGUGUGUUUUGUCUCCCCAGCUCUGGGGGCCCUUGACCCAGACUCUGGGAGUCCUGGCUGGCCUAGUAGUGGUCCCUGUGGCUCUGAACAGUGGUAUGUCCCUCCUGGUGCUUGCGCUGUGCCUCUCUCUGGCCUGGUUCUCGUAGGAGCUGCUUGUGGGACCAGCAAUAACAAGUGUCCCCCCCCUCUGGGGUUUGGGGAGGGGCAGCCCUUGCACCAUCCCCAGAGGGUUCAUAUGGGAUGUGUGGCCUGUACAGUGAGUGGAUCCUUUACUUCUGAGAAUGCUUGACUGUAGAGAGGCCUCCCCGUCCCUGAGCUCUCCAGUCAGCACAGGGCUCCUGUGGUGAUACCAGUGGAGAGGAAUAGGGGACGGGUGGAUAGUGGAAAUAAGAACUUGCAGAAUGGCACUGGGCAUGUCCUCCUCCCCCCUCCACCCCCCUGAGCCUGUAUUUAUUUUUGUAUAAUUCUCUGGAUGAGGGAGAGUGGUCGUGAGCUGGUCUUGGGGCACAAUUACCCAGAGAUAUAUUUAUUAACAGCCAACCUGUGCAACCUGCUGGAGCUUUAUUUUUAAUUUAAUUUAUAUAGAGUACCUAUUAUUAUAUGCCACAAUAGAGCUCUAUGAGAAAUGA